ACUUCUACAGAAUUUGCUUUCAAUUUCACUACUUGCAAUACCGAACCGGUUUUACUACAGAUAUCAGAUUAUGCGAUUGUUAUAUGCACUAUUGAAAAUUUUCUCAACAUUAAAAACAACAAACAUAAUAUUUCAAUGAAGACCGUAUAUGAUUAUGACAAAAUGAAUGAGGAACUUUGGACUAAAUACAAAA